GCUCUUAAACAUGUGAUCAUACCCUGAACGCACUUGCUUCAAAUACAGCAGUCCCCUACUCUCCAUCCCCCUCUCACUUGCACAUAUACACCUCUAUAAUACACAAGCACUUGUGAAUUGUGAUCUCCCAACUGCGCCUCACAAUUCACCGCAGAUAUCCUAGCUCCUUGCAGCUCAUCGUCAUGGGAAAUUGCCUCGUGAUUCAAGGCAGGGAGGAGAUCAAGAUCGUGAGAGUGGACGGCGGCAAGGUCCUCAAGAUGCCAUCCCCCAGCUUGAGGCAUGCCCAGGAAUCCCUCGCCGAGACGUCGUCGUCCCUGCCGGGCCACGGCAUCUCCGGCGUGCUUCCGGUGAAGGCGCAGGCGGCUGUCGUCGGCCCGGCGGGCGCCGUCAGGGUGAAGCUGGUGAUCAGCAAGCAGGAGCUCAAGAAGAUGCUCGACAGGGAAGGCGUGUCACUGGACGACAUGGUGUCUCUCAUGCGCAAAGAGGCAAUUGAUCGUCAGAGCGAUCAGGAGUGUUGCGGAGGAUGGCAGCCUGCGCUGGAGAGCAUACCAGAGGGCAGUAGUCUCUAGCAGCCGAGAUCGUUCAGAUAUCUAGUGUCACUCUGUCAAUGCUCGUGCUUACAAGUUGCAAGAUAAUUUUGGAAUAAGUGUAAGCAUAGCAUAUAUAUACUAGUUAGCAUAUAUACAUGCGAAUAUAUAGAGAUCGAUAUGGUGUAGGAGUUUUGAGAUAAGGAUUCUCUUUAUCUUUUUUUGCUGCUGACAUGCUCGUAAAGAAGGGGUAAAGAUGAUCCUGGAAAUCAAACAGGUUGUUACAAAUAUAUGCAGCAUGUGCUGUCUCAUCGGUCAGCACCAAGCUAGCUUUACCUCUAUCAUCAGCAACCUCAAAAGGGCAUUGGUUGGAAAUACUUUUGUUAUGCGUCUGAUCUUUGUUAAUCGCCACCUUUCUGCUUAUCUUACUCUGGUUUAUUACCAUGGACAGUUAGAAAAU